AUGACGACUCGAAAGCACAAUGAAUUCUUGGACGUACCAAGCGAUGAAGAGGAAGCCGACGUCGGCGGCUACUCUUCCGAGGAAAAUGAUACCAAAUCCAAAGGUCGGGCCGUGAAGAAGCGCCGGACCGAAACGCAGGACUUCUUCGGUCUCGAGUCCGACGAGGACCUGUCGCCUGAUGAUGAGGAAGAGGAGACUAAGGAGGAGUCUCGUGUUUCUGUACAGGGCAAGAGUCGCAAGCAGACCAAGACGAAGCGCCAAGGCGCUUCCACCCGUGACGAGGAGAGCGAAGAGGACGAUGCAGAUGCCGAUGAGGACGAGGAGGAUAAUGAUCGUGAUGACGGCGAUGAGAGGGAUGGACAUGCCGAUGACAACACAAAAUCUACAGAAGGGAAAAAAUCCCAGAAGGUUCUCUCCACAAAGCUACUCAAGAAGCCGAAGAAGGACAAGAGCGGCGUCGUCUACCUCUCCUCACUACCUCCAUACCUUAAACCAUUUGCGCUGAAGAAUAUCAUGGAGAAACGUGGAUUUGGACCCAUUCGGAAAGUCUUUUUCGCUCCUCUCGUCCCCAGCAAUUCCUCAAGUCAGAAGCGGAGCAAUAAGCGAAAACUGUACUCUGAGGGAUGGAUUGAGUUCGAAUCGAAGAAGACCGCUCGUGUAGCGGCCGAGGCCAUGAAUGCUCGACCGCUUGGUGGACCGAAGGGAAUGUAUUACCGUGACGAUGUGAUCAACAUGCGCUAUCUAUCCGGAUUCAAAUGGGCAGAUCUCAUGGAAACCGUGCAACGUGAACGAUCCGAACGAGAAAGCAAACAGCGUAUGGCGGACAUCCGAGCCAGAAAGGAAGAAAAGGUCUUCCUGGCAGGUGUCGAAGCAGGUCGUCGUUUGGACGGGAUUACCCAGAAGAACGAGGAGAAGAAGAAACGGAAGGCCGAAACCGAAGGACAUACCGAAACCGAGAAGACAGAGCCGAAAAUGCCUGUUCCUGUGCGGCGACGCUUUGUCCAGAACGACGUUGUCCAAACGGGCGAGAGGGACGAGAAGGCAAUUGGCAACGAUGCGAAGCGGGUCCUGGGAAAGAUCUUCUAA